AUGACUUCAAGGGGCCUGUCGUGUCUCAUCCUCGCCGACGGCUCGUUCGUCGACGCGAACAAAAUCAUUGGCGCGGGUCUCGAUGGCUGCGUUAUUCACGACAGCCCUACAUCAUCCACAGUCAUGAAGAUCCCAAAGUUCUUAGGGACGUCCAUGACAGACGGCAGCAUCAAACCUGACGAUGACAGAAACAUGUACAUGAACGACCUGAGUCGCGAAAAAGAUGUCUACCGCCGCUUACAGGGCGUACCUGGUAUCGCCAAUUGCCUGGACAUAAGCGAAAAUGGACUAGUAUUGGAAUACUACAGUAACGGAAAUAUGGAAGAAUAUCUUCAGAACAAUUCUCCGUCAACCUGGACGCAGAGGAUCGAAUGGAUCCUGCAAAUCCUCGACAUCUUUAUAGCAUGUCAUGACAAGAAAGUCCUAGUCUUUGAUAUUGCUCUGAGAAAUCUGAUGCUUGACGGCGACUGGUCUCCCAAAGCCAUAGACUUCGGAAACAGUUCUUUACUUCCAUUGGGGGGUGGCGCUGAGCUUGUGGAUGAAGAUGGAUAUACUGAGGAGAUUGACAUACUACACGUCACCAAUAUCAUCUACUCCAUCUGCCGAUGGAAGAAAUUCCAGGUCGACUGCGCAGCGGCGGAUGAAUGGCCGGCCGCAGAUUCUCUACCAGCGACUGCAGACCUGCCCCUUGGGAGCAUAAUUGCAGAAUCAUGGUCCCACCAGUUCAAGACCCUCAACGAACUGAAGCUUGCCAUAGCAUCUGCCGCUCCGACAACUGUAACGACCAUCCAUGACUAA